AUGGCAGGAGGGCGUUUGCUCCGAUUGCUGAGUCUUGAUGUACUUGCAAAUAGUGACAGUGUAUUGGGUUGGCGGUGUGGCUGUUGAAAGCGUUCGAAGCUCAGGGCUGGGCACUCACUGCCACUCAGCUGGCUCCAUUGAGUUCCAGAGAACUAGUUACAGUCAGACCUGAGAAAAUUUAUAUCGCCCAAACUUAUACCUGUCAAAAUUUAUGGACUUUUCAAUUUCCCGACUUUUUUGGCUGACAGAACCUGUCCAAUCUUAUACCUUAUAAUUUAUGGGUUUACAGGUCAAAUUAUAAGAUAAGAGAGAGGCGGAAAUGAGCGAUUGAUCAUUGGCCUCUCCUUCGGCGUUCUUGUUGACGAGCCGCCUGCUGGAAGAGUCCGAAAUGCCCCGAAACAGCCGAGAAGCGAGCACAGGAGAGCAAAGGCGGCGGUUGACAAUCUUACGAACAAGUACGACCCAAGUGAUAUCUUCAACAUGGACGAAACCGGUCUCUUCUACGCUAUGCGUCCGUCUACGGGCCUUGCUCGGAACGGUCGAAAUGGUGUCAAGAUGAAUAAGACUCGCAUCAUUGCGAGACAUGAGACGUGGAACGACAUCCGCCCCGAGACGAUUGCCAACUGCUGGCGCCACGCUCAAAUCUUGUCUGAUCGCAAGAACAAAGGAUCGACCGACCAUACACCUCUUCCCAACGGUCGCGGGCCUCUCAAUGGCGAUCGCGGCAUCAUCAACGAACGAUGA